UAUCAAACAUAUACACGUACAUAUACGAUGGCCCAAUCACCAUUCUAUGUUACCCAAGAAGAAUUCAACAUAUUCCAUUCGAUUGACCGCCAGCUCUACACUCUUCUCGUCGUCAACCUAUGGCGUGAUCCAGUGGAAUCCAUGCAGAUCAUAGCCUUCUGGCUCUGGUUAGAGAGGUCUGGCUUCAACAAUGCCGUCACCAAGAUGCUCUCCUUGCCCUACAUUCUGGUAAACGAGCUUGCGGACGAGGCUCUCACAUGCCUCAACUGCAUCAGCAAUCACUACCCUUCUUCCUCCCCGGACUCCCAUGACAUCCCUCUCAUCCAGAGCUUGAUGGAGAAGGAGAUCGACCUCCAAUUCUUCCAUCAUAACCGGGUUCCAGCAGCCCAAGGGAUAGCCAAGAUCGUGAAGGAGGUGUGCCUGAGAGGACUGAAGGACAUCAUGGACAGCGCCAUUGAAAGGAACAAGACCCAGAACGUGUUGGAGAGCCAGAUGGUGGUGCCGCCCAUGGUCCACACCGGCCUGAACAAAAUGGGGUUGGGCGGGAUGGUGGAUAUGGGGUAUGGAGAGAGCGAGGUGGGGCAACCAUGGAACAGGGAAAUCGAGGUUCCGCCGGACGAUAGGACGAUGUUUGUGACGUUCUCGAAAGGGUAUCCAGUAUACGAAUGGGAAGUGAGGGAGUUCUUUGGGAGAAGCUAUGGGGAUUGCAUAGAGAGCCUGUAUAUGCAGGAAGUGGAGGCGAAUGAGCAGUCACUGUUUGCGAGGAUUGUGUUUCACUCAGCUUCCACCAUUGAAAUGAUACUGAAUGGGAUGGGGAAGGCCAAGUUUACCAUCAAUGCAAAGCAUGUUUGGGCGAGAAAAUUCGUGCCGAAACGGGCGAAACCCUUGUCUGCAACUUCGCCUGCGUCGUCUUCUUCGCCUGGUGAGAUGCCUGCUUCGCCUCAUUUGCCUUUGAGUCUCUCAUGAGAUAUGUUGUGGGUUGGUUUGGUUUCAGAUGGUGAUGGGUAACAUCGUGA